CCCGUCUUCCUCCAAAUUUUUGCACGUCUUCAGAUUCUGAAUGUAUUCUGCAAUAUUCUGAGUACUUCUAAUAUUUCUAGCAUGUUUUGAGAUUCUUUUUGGAAACGAAAAUUUUCAAACAAAUUUUUUUUUGAAAAUUUGAAAAAAAUUCCAAAAAUGGGCAUAAUUUUGGCGUAUUUCCGACGUCCCAAGCUUGAUAUCGACAGGGUUCGGUCGGUCUGGAUGGAUCAUAUCAAUGGAAACGAUCAGUACUUCCAAGAGGUAAUCCAUAGAAUAUGCAAGCGAAACGAGGGAAUCCGGUGUGCAAUGCUGGCUCCGAACGCGCAGCACGCCGAGUCGGUGGCCGAGGAGGAUUUUGUGCUCUCAAAUAUUGCAGAUAGGAUCUCACAGUUUUUUCAUCAAUUGGUUGAGGAUGACGUGCUUAUGGACACGGUAGAACUGAAAAAAGCCUGCUAUGACCUUGGAAGACAACAUUCUUCGUAUUCGAAACAACAAUUUAAGAUGUCCUACUGGGAAGAGUUUACAUUGACAAUGAUGGGUGUUCUGGAGCAAAACUACCCGGAAACCACGAAAGAAGAGCAAAAAGCGUGGCUUCACUUUUUGAGAUUUGUGAAUGAGAAUAUGUUGGAUGGAUAUUUAGAUGCGAUUUCUCGUAGUAAUAAAUAGAUUUUUUUUAU